AUGAUCGAUGACUGCGAAUCAUCAUCGUGUGGCAUUUGCUUGUAUCGAAUGAACGAAUAUUCUUUAGGCUUGGUCACCUUCCCGCAAUGCAUCUCUGAAAAAUGCACGUUCGGUGCACCUUCGACGUCGAACGUCGGAUGCGUCUUUUGCGGAAUUUUCAAAUCAGGCAAUGCCCGUCCGAUCCGCGCGAGUCGCCGGUGUCGCCGGGUGCUUCCGCUCUCGUGGAGCCACGGCACUUCCGGGCCGGCCGAGUCGUCACUAUCGUCCAUUUUUCCUGACACGCGCAAUGAGGAAGGUAAGGCCAUUUUGUCUGGAGGUUCGACGUGGCGGCCGGAUCGAGAGGCGUCCCGAGGAUCGACGAUGGUUAUCCUAACCGUGCUACCGCUGGUGCUGGUGGCAUUAGGCGUGUAUUCCACGCAUGCCGAAGUCUCGUCAUCAACGAAUUCGUACUUGUCGGUAGCUGAUAAGGCUCGUUUGAAGAGCAUCCUUGAGCCGGGAUUCCAGUCACAAGAUGUGCCCACUGUAUAUUACGCCGUUAGCGGGUACAAGCUUCUUGGAGAAGCGAUACCAAAAACCGAUGCUAUUUGCAAGUAUCUGAUAAAGUCCAAUGAGGAAAAUAUUACUCCUGAAACAGCGUUCUAUCUCGCCUCUACAUGGAAAACUAUUGCAAGCUGUCCUGACUUUCCUACAGGUGCUUUGACAAAGGUAUUGACGAGUAUUGUACAGAAGGAUACUUCCACGCUGCCUGAUUUGUAUUACGCGGUGAGUGGCUUAACGGCUUUGUCACAGAAGGUACCCGCUGCCAGAGUCGAAAAGUUGGUCAAAUUAAUACAGGCGGCCUUGCGAAAGGAUGAUAGUCUGUGGAACUUGGGCUACACAUUCCACAUUGCCGCAGACAUAGGCGCUCCAGCUGCAUUUGCUUUCGACCGCAUUGAGGAUGCUGUAGUGCAAGCCGACGAAGUGGAUGGCCAAUACUUGCAAUUCGAGGGUGGCCUUUCCAUCACAAGCUUCCUCGUCAAUGGUAUUCUCAAAUUAUCAACCUCGUUGAACAAGAAACUACCGUUGAACUUCCAGCAGAUCGUCAAGUUCAGCAAUUAUAUUCUCUCGCGGCGUUCCGUGCAGACUUCGAAGGGCGUCACGAACUUGCUGUCUGCUUUAACUACUCUGGCCGUUGAAAGUCCCGAGAAGCCCGUUUGCAUAACCCUGGCUGAUGGGGGAAACAGUGUUUCUAAUCAGCAACCAUUGGUCACAGUCAAGGUUUGCGAUAUCCUCGGUCAGGCACUGCCAACUGUGCCUAAGGUUGUCGCCAACUCCGCCACGAAAGUGGGAUACGAUGUAGUUGUCUUGAAUAAGGAGAAUUUGCAGCAGCUCCCAACUGACAAAACUCUGUUCACGAUGAAUCUUAUGAAUGUCAAGCCUGACCGCGGUUUCUACAAGAUAUCGAUAACUGCAGCGUCCGUAACAAAUACGAUUACCGUGAAGGUCUUGUCUGAAACGAUACUGGAUUAUCUGGAAAUCGGUACUGGCGAUGCCGACCAAACUACUCAGCCGAAACUCACGAGGAUAAACACAGUAUCCCCUUCAGGCAAACUCGAGCACAAGGUAGAAGCUGAUUCUCAGCAGAAACUAGUCAUGCGAUUUUUACUGCGAGACUCCGCCAAUAAGAAACCGAUGCGCGUGCAUCAAGCCUUUGUGCGUCUCACGUCUGUUGCCGAGUCUAGCAAUAACAAGCAGCGCGGUCAUGAAAUUUUCUUCGUUGCCGAGCCUGACGCUAAUCACGUCUAUAAAUUUGAUAUGCCAGUGGGAACAGCAGCUGUGAAUUUCGGUCAUCAGAGCGGUGAUUAUGACGUCGAACUGAUCAUUGGCGACGCGGUGAUCAGCAAUCCAUUCCGCUUCAACAUCGGCACGGUGACUUUGAAGUUCCCCGAGGUGACCGCGAUGGAAGGUACCGACAAAAAUACCUCUUAUAAGCAGAAGCCAAACGUGUACACCACCAAGCCGGAGAUCAAGCAUAUGUUCCGUGAACCCGAACGUAGACCGCCUGCCUUUGUGUCCAACCUCUUCACGGGGCUGUGUUUGUCACCGGUCUUGCUGUUGCUGAUCUUAUGGGCACGACUAGGUGUCAACAUUUCAAAUUUCCCGCUGUCUCUCAGCGCAAUUGCAUUCCAUCUCGGAUUAGGAGGUAUUUUCGUACUGUUCGGUAUCUUCUGGCUGAAGCUCAACAUGUUCGUCACGCUGCGAUACCUCAUCGGUCUGGGCGUCGUUACAUUCCUCGCCGGCAAUAAGAUGCUGUCUCACAUAGCGCACAGGCAUACGUCGCAACGUUGAGCCACGCUUGGACAUACUACGAAGACUCUGAAUAUCGUGUCGCGUGAUCGCGAUUGACAGUGCAGGAGAGAGAGUGCGUAAUACAUUGACUAAAAGACUGCCGUUAGUUUCAAGUGGCCGAUAUGUAGUAAAAACAAAAGUAAUCGUCGGGCUCUUUUCUCUUUUUCACUUGCCACAGAUGUACAUAGAGCACGAGAUAUCGUAUAUUUUGUUUAUUGCAUUUCUCUACUGUUCUUUAUCGUUCAACGGCGCGAGAAGACGCGUGGAGACUCCUGUUUUUGUUUUAUUUUCGCGUCAACGAUUAUAUAGACUUCUGAUGAUCACUAAAUUCUAAUCUUAGCCCGCAAAUUCGGAUUUCUGCUCUGCAAAGCACGACUAUAGCGAUAGUUGUUCAAAGAGAACUAUCUCUAUAACCUUUACCUAUGUCGUUAUAUUUUUAAGUAAUAAUAUCACACACACACACACAGAGCAAAGAGUAAAACAGCGAAUGUUAAGUUUUGCGUUUACAUUCGGAACAAAUGAGUUAUAUAAAAUUUUAUACGUAUCAUGUAUAUGCUGAAGGCUGCCACUGUAAUUGCAGUGUCCUGCUUGGUGAAGUGGGGUCGUUAAGCCUGCAGCUGCAUUAAAGAAAACGUGAUAGAAUAUGUUCGUCUCAAAGAUGGGGGUAACAUUAAAUUAUUUUAUAUUUUA